AUGUCCGUCGAGUCCCAUGCCGAGUCGAUCGCUUUCGAAGAGAAAGCUGCUCUUCUCCAGCCGGAGACCCACGUUGUACGCGACAACGACCAUGACCGUCCGCGCCGCAAGCUGCCCUAUAUUGCACUCGGAGCACUGCUCUUCAUGCUUACCCUCGGACUCGGACUAGGCCUCGCACUUUGGCUUAGGCACACUCGCGGCUCCACUCCGACCAGCCCAAACGUGCUGCAGCGCACGCCAUACGAGAACUUCGUGCUCAACGGUCUCAAGGGACAACCUUCGCAGACGCGCUCCUACGACUUUGUGGUCUCGCAGGUCCAAGGUGCGCCAGAUGGCGUGGACAAGCCCAUGCUCGUCGUGAACGGCAUGUACCCCGGCCCGACGAUCGAAGCCAACCAGGGCGACCGCAUCGUAGUGAAGGUCACGAACAUGCUCGAGAACCGGACGACGAUACACUGGCACGGUCUGUUUCAAAAUGGGACGAACUACUACGACGGGACGGCUGCGAUUACGGAGUGUGGGAUACCGCCAGGGCAGAGUUUGGUGUACAACUUCACCCUUGGGGAAUUCUCUGGAAGCAGCUGGUGGCAUGCUCACUCAACCCAGUACACAGACGGCAUCACUGGCGCGCUGGUUGUGCACCCUUCCGAGCCCGCGCCGGCGUCCAUCCCGGCAUGGGAAGAAGAGCUCGUCGUCCAGGUCGCGGACCUGUAUCAUACGUUUAGCUGGCUGCUGCUCGAGCGGUACAUCUCGCCCUGGGGAAUCGAUGGCACCCCUGGCGAUGAACCUGUCCCUGAUGCUGGCACACUCAAUGGUCUGGGCCAAUGGGCUGGUAACGGAGACUACUUCAAUUUCACUCUCGAGCCAAAUAAGGCUUACCGCCUCCGCAUCGCGAACACUGGCUCCUUUGCGUCGAUUCGGUUCAGCGUCGAUUACCACACCCUCAGCGUCAUUGAGGUCGACGGCACACUGGUCGAACCGUAUGACGUCACUGGGAUCACUGUUGCCGUUGCUCAGAGGUACAGCGUGUUGCUAAGGACGGAUAACAGCACUGGCGGGCCAUUCUGGAUGCGCGCGACACUGCAGAAAAGGAUGUUCAGGUAUGAGCAGCCCGGACAGAACCUGGACAUUCGUGGGGUCAUUCGAUAUGGCCCUGCUGCAAAUACCACCGCGUUGCCCAUCGAGAGCAGCGACCCAGGCGUCCCAUCACAGCCCACGCUGCGGGACGCGGACGACUCGUCGCUCGUUCCAGCGGUAUUCGGGGUUGCUCCGGAGCGUACACGGCGAUAUUCGCUUCGGGUCUCGAUGCAGAUGCACUCCUCGCUUGUCUCUCUCGGAUUCAUGAACACGACCAGCUGGGAGCCACUGCAGGGCACGACGACGCUCCUGAGGGCGCGCGAGGCAUUCCAAGAAGGCAGGGUGUACGGAGGCAGCGAUGGCGGGAGUCUUCAGAGUGGCGAGCAGUUCCUGCUUACGGAGGACUCAGUGCAAGUUGUAGACCUGCUGAUUGAUAAUCUCGACGACGGCGACCACCCGUUCCAUCUGCAUGGACACCGACCAUGGAACGUGGGCUCCGGACCCGGGCGAUAUAUUGGUCAGGCGCUAAACGCGACGAAUCCGCUUCGGCGCGACACCAUUCUUCUCCCAGCGUACCACUGGGUGGCCCUCCGCUUCGUAACGGACAACCCGGGGUUAUGGGCGUUCCACUGUCAUUUGGCGUGGCACAUGGGUGCAGGGAUGCUCAUGCAGGUGAAUAGCCUGCCGACGCGCGCAGCGCAGCUUGACAUCCCACAGGCAAUUGUUGACCAGUGUGCAGUGAACGUGGGCGGGGCGGGAGCGCGGAGGUAGGGCUUUUGGGCGGGUGUGCGCCGCAGGUAGGCUGAGCUGUGUAACAUUGGUCAUGUUAUAUUAUUGUACUAUCUGAUUGGCUUCUCCCGA